AUGAACAGGGUUAGCAAGUUAUGGCAUUCGUAUAAGAGGCACCGAGUUCACGGUGAUACAGGAUUUAAAAUUAGAAACGCAAUUCAUCGGACUACAGAAGUAAUAUAUCCAUAUGUCAAAGUUGUAAUUCCCAAUUUCAGGGCGGCUCACUAUACGUAUAUCUUAUUCAUGACGUUUCUUGGGUCAGUGAUAUUCUAUCCUAUUCGGAAUAUUAGGUACAUUGAUGCAUUGUUUUUUACUGGAUGUGCAAGUACACAAGCCGGCCUUAAUACUGUGAAUUUGAAUCGUUUGGCAUUAUACCAGCAAAUUCUAAUCUAUAUCAUCACGACUCUUACAACUCCAAUUUUUAUUCACGGUUCAUUAUUAUUUAUUAGAUUGUAUUGGUUUGAAAGGCAUUUUGACAAUAUUAAAGAACGUUCUAAGUUAAAUAACAAGAUGAGACGAAACGCGACGCUAGCUGCAAGGACACAAUCUCUAGAUCCAACAAGGUUAAAUACCGAAGUUAAUAGAGGAUUAGGAUUUAACAAUCCGCAAAAUUCUGGUCUUGAACCUGUUACUGAUGAAGUAACUUUCUCCAAUUCUUCUUCGACCCUGCCUGCUAGCAAACAUUCGAGUCCUCCUCAAAAUCCGAGUAUCAAUUCAAAUAAUGUUGAUCAUAUAAGCGAACCAAAUGACUCAGAUAUAUCUUCUGGCGUGGCACCAGAUUCCAGGAACCCAAUUGAGCUAAGUCGACCAGAAAGUCCCUCAAGAUCGCUCGAUGGAAUUCGAUUUGGUAAUUUGCCCCAGCCAUCUAAAAUUCGCCAGAAAGAAAUUGAGCCUUCCGAUAUGUAUAUGUCUAUUGCUAUGCUCCAGGAUAAUCAUAAAUCCGAACGUAAGGACACUGGUGAUGAAGAUGAUGUUUUAAUUAUUAAGUCACCCAAUGAGAUUGAGAAAGACAGUCAAAAUCCUAUUUUUACAAAAAAAUCCCAGAUUCAUUUCAAUGUAAAUGAUAAGCCAAUUAGAAAAUGGAAGAAAAAGCGAAGGUUUUCCAGAGGUAGACAACCAUGGUCAAAGUUGAAGAAGACAUUUUCCAAUAGUGGAGCAAGUCCCCGCAAACAUGUACGAAGUUUAUCAUUUACUCUGUUAAGUAAUGACGAUGACGAUCAGUCUAUUGAUUCCGAAACCAAUAAUAGGACAACUGAUACGGAUGCUGAUGACGAUAAUGCAAUAAUUGACGAUGAUGGCGACGACGAAGAUGAUGGUGAUGAUGAAGACGAAGACGACGAAGAUGAUGAGGAUGACGGAGAUGAUGACGGUAAUGAACACAAUAGACAGACUCGCGAUGAUGAUAAUCUUGAUGAUAUUGAAAGAGCCCAAUCUAAUUUAGUAAUUCCUUCUUCCGACGCAACUGGUGGGAAAAAAUUUACCAAAAGAUCUAAUACGUUAGAUGUGACUCCAGGAGAAAACCACGAAUUGUCUCAUUCUCCAACGUUUGAGAGAAUGAUAAAAAGCAAAAUGAAAAAGAAAAACAAGCCAAAACAGACAAAAAAACACAAAUUGAAGUAUAUGAAAUCUCCAACAGUAGGAUUAAGUUCUUCGUUGUUUUCGCCAAAUUAUAAUAACGAUUCAGAUUAUGACGAUUCGGAUGAUUCGGACGAGGUUAAUGAUGAUGAAGAAGAAGAUGGAAAAUCACUUCUGAAAGUAAUGAGUACCAAUUAUUUAUCUUGGGUGCCGACUGUCGGAAGAAAUUCGACGUUUGUACAUCUAAGUGAAGAACAAAAGGAAGAAUUAGGUGGUGUUGAGUAUAGAGCAAUUAAACUACUUAUCAAGAUUAUUGUAAUAUAUUAUAUUGGGUUUCAUAUCUUAGCAUUUACAUGCUUAUUGCCAUAUAUUUUAUAUCAGCCAGUAUAUAAAGCAGAUGUGACUGAGGUCGGUAUAACUCCAACGUGGUGGGCAUUUUUUACUGCCCAAUCAGCAUUUAAUGAUUUGGGGCAUACUUUAACACCUAAUUCUAUGCAAAGUUUUGAUAAAUCUGUUUAUGUUAUGGUAAUUAUGGCUUUUUUCAUUGUUAUUGGGAACACCGGAUUUCCUGUCAUGUUGCGUUUUAUUAUUUGGCUUUUAUUUAAGUUGUCUAAGCCGAUGUCAUUAUUUAACGAAUCUUUAGGUUUUUUAUUGGACCAUCCAAGAAGAUGUUUCACCUUAUUAUUUCCUUCAGUGCCCACUUGGUGGUUAUUUAUUAUUCUUGUUGUAUUGAAUGCAGUUGAUUUAAUUUUAUUUAUUGUCCUUGACUUGAACAAUAAAUACUUGGAAGGUACUCCCGUAGGGUUGAGAGUUAUGGAUGGAUUAUUCCAAGCCUUUAGUACCAGAACUGCUGGCUUUGCAGUAGUUGAUUUGUCAGAAUUGCAUCCAGCAGUCCAGGUGAGUUACAUGUUAAUGAUGUAUAUCUCUGUUUUACCAUUGGCUAUAUCGAUCAGAAGAACCAACGUUUAUGAAGAACAAUCAUUAGGUGUUUAUUUAAAGGAUAAUAAUGACGACAAUGAAAAUACACCAGAUGACAAAACUCCUAAGAAUUUUAUAGGAGCCCAUUUAAGAAAUCAAUUAUCUUUUGAUUUAUGGUUCAUUUUUUUGGGACUUUUUAUUAUUUGUAUUGCUGAAGGUCCAAAACUAAAUAAGAAUAACUAUAGAUUCUCGGUUUUCACGAUAUUAUUCGAAAUUAUAAGUGCAUAUGGUACGGUUGGAUUAUCCUUGGGAUACCCGGGCGUCGAUGUUUCAUUAUCGGGAGAAUUUACAGUAUUAUCUAAAUUAGUUAUGAUCGCAAUGGUCAUCAGAGGCAGGCACAGAGGUUUGCCCUAUGCAUUAGAUAGAGCUAUCAUGCUACCAGAUGACAAUAUGCAAAAACGUGAUAAUCUUCAAGAGAAUCAUGCUAUCAGAAGACAUCAAACAAUGGAAACAUCAAAUAGCUCGGAUGAUGGGAAUGCAUUCACAAGAGCGUUUACUAGAAGGGCUUCAAGUUUUGGCUUUGAUAAUACCAACAUCUUAGGUAGAAGAAAAUCAUCAGUAAGGUCAAGCAAACCCAAGCCAGAAACUCCACAUUACGUAGUUACUACCGAGUCACACGAAAUGGAAGACUUAGCAUAA